UUUUUCUAUUACAAUGUCAAACGUGCUAUUUCGGAAUGCGCUCGCUCGUCUGUUCUAAAAACUGAAAAUAAAGAAACUUUUCUAUGAAAGUCAUCCAAGAAGUAUGUACACCAUUACUCAUGGUGGUCUGUCCGACUUGCUCGAGCUCUUUAGCUCGUACAUUUUAUGGGAACAUGAAUAUACACGUAGGAUUCCCUCCAACCAGCGGUGCUGGUAGGAUACCUGUGUAGAGGUAUCCAUAUAAUAUUGCGGGCGCAUUCGGUUUGGCAUCGACUCCGCCAUCGGCUUCGGCCAGAUGCGUUUUCCCGGAUGUCCGCGGGAACAAUGCGAGUAUAUCCGGUGCGAGCAAGGCCAGUUUGGACCCCCUAGUUCCCUGCGGGGGUCGGGGGACCCCCUGGUCGACCUGGGACCCAAAGGUAAUCACGGUAUGUAGGCACGCUUCUAUUUUAUUGCCACUGAUUUUCUCACUCAGUCUGAUUACAGGUGCCAUUCGUGUUGGACGUGCCCCAUCUUGGCACCUGUGGAUUUCCCCACGAUUCCUCUGCUCCUGAACACAAAAUUCUGGAGUAAUUAUCUGUUGUUCACUCAUCCUUCGCUCGAGAUCAUCGAUCCUUUCGAGGACGCUGCGAAGCUGGACCGCGAUCUAAGGGAGGGAAGCGCCAAACGAGAGAGUAGUGCUCCAAGUGACAUGACCACUUGAUCUGCCAGCAGCAUUCAACUUUCAAAAUGAAAAGAAUUCAUGACAUAUUCAGUAUGGUUCAAGCUAUCACGGUCCUCACCAUUCUAAAGAUGCUCACCAACGCUCAAACAACCUGCAACGGUGGCUCGGGAAGAGUUGUCUACGAAAGAUUACCCGAUCAGCAACUCCAAGGGUUCGACGACGACGUAGUGAGAGAUUCAGCGCCGCCGUUCAGGGUGUUAGAAAAAUGCCAGGAACUUUGCCUACGCGAUAGAACGGCAACGAAUAAUUUAGUGAGGGCUUGCACGAGCUUUGACUUCCAGCCAGGGAGCAGAAUCGCCUCUUUCAGCGGAGCCGCGGAGUACGAGGAAAGCACCUGUUACCUGACGAGAGAACAGGCGUUACCGGAAGGAAUCGGUAACUUGAUGCUGGUGCCGAACAGCGUUCACUUCACCGAGGUUUGCCUCACAUCGAACCGUAUAGAAAGAGAGUGUCCGAACCGGCGUUACGUCUUCGAAAGACACCCCAGAAAAAAGUUGAAGUUACCGAUGACCGACUUGAAGGAGGUCAGCGCGUCGAAUAGAACGGAUUGCGAGGACAGGUGUUUGAACGAAUUCAGUUUCGUCUGUCGAUCGGCGACGUACGACGCGGCUUUACGGAGUUGUUCCUUGAGUCGUUUCACGCGUCGAACGCACCCGGAAUUAUUAGAGGACGAUCCGAACUGCGACUACCUCGAGAACACGUGUCUGAACGCCGAGCGACGGUGUGACGGUCUCGCCGUUUUCGUCAAGGAAGAGAACAAGCGACUCCGCGGUCCCUUCGAGGUCGACAUCUACACGAAUCUAACACUCGACGAGUGCCAAGCCCUUUGUCUGAGGGCGGACAAAUACUUUUGUCGUAGCGUCGAAUUCGACGAGCAAACCAGACAGUGCGUCAUCUCGGAAGAAGAUUCGGUAUCGCAAAAAGACGACAUCGGCAUCAGCAGCAGCCCCAGCUAUCACUUUUACGACCUCGUGUGUUUGGACAAUCGUCGGUCAAUUAUAGCGAGGGGUUCGGAAUACCCGGACAACAGCGUGACAUCCCACCUAUUCGCCGACGGUCGUCGACCCGACACGGCCUUCCAACGUUACCGGAACUCGCGUUUGAGCGGUGAAUUUCAUUCGGAAAUAACCGGUAGAAGUUUGAGCGAGUGCCUCGACGAAUGCCUGAGGCAAACGAGCUUCCAAUGCCGGAGCGCCGUCUAUUCCGAACAUUUUCACACAUGCCGUUUGAGCAGAUUCAACCAACGCGAUGGGCACAGGAUAAUAUACGACGCGGACUACGACUACUACGAAAAUCUGAUGCAUCAGUAUAUGGACGGCGAUCGUGACGGCCCAGGGGUUUACAGGCCAGACACUCAAGGCCAGGACACGAACCAGGGAAGACCAUCCCUCGGGAGACCCGGGUAUCCCGAUGAUAACAAAGGGGAUAGAUACCCUGAGCGAUAUCCCUCGGGAUACGACAACAGAUAUCCCGACGACAGAUAUCCUGUAGGUGGCAACCGACUUCCGAUUCCCGGUGACAGGUAUCCCGACGAUAGAUACCCCGGAGGCAACCGUCUCCCCAUUCCGGACGAUAGAUAUCCCGUAGGAGGUAACCGUAUCCCAAUUCCCGACGACAGAUACCUAAUAGGAGGUAACCGUAUCCCGAUUCCCGACGACAGAUAUCCCGUAGGAGGUAACCGUAUCCCUAUUCCCGGCGACAGGUAUCCCGACGACAGGUAUCCUACGAGUGGUAGUCGGUAUCCUAGCCCGGGGAGGUAUCCCAUUGACAGAUAUCCAACUGGGCCCGGCGAUCGAUAUCCGCCCAGUGCUCCGGGUCGCUAUCCUACCGGAGGAGAUGGCAUAGACGACAGAUACCCCGUGGGAUAUGGAGGAAACCGAUACCCUGGCGAACCCGCCGAUCGAUAUCCAAUUGGACCUGAACGCUACCCCAUCGGAGGAUAUCCUUAUCCAACUACUCUUGAACGUUAUCCCGAAGAUUCGAUGGACAGGUUCCCUAUCGGACCUGGGAGCAACAGGGUACCGCUGGAUCGAUAUCCGAUCAGCGAUCGAUAUCCCGAUCACAGGGAUCGCUACCCCGGAGGAAUCAGCGCGAACGGAAUUUAUCCCAGUGGUUUCGACGACGAUAUUCGCGGAACCAAAGGAUACGGUGGUCGUCCUCAGUACGGUGGGAUUUCUGGGAUAAGCGGCAGCGGAUUGGGAGCUCGUCCUCACGGUCCUUCUCGCCCAGUCGGUGGAUACGACAGUAGCUACAGCGACAACGGAAUAAUGGGGGGUGGCUACGUUGGGGAAGGUGGAGUCCAUCAAACCCGACCAUUUGGAUCCGGAGGUGGCGGACCGAUAAUCGGCAGACCACCUCUGAUAUCGCGAUGCGAAGACCAGGAUAACUUCCGACAAGUCGGCCAGCGAACCAGAGUCCGUAAACCGUUCGUCAGGAGGUACACGACCGCCUCAUCCUUGGCUACCUGCGAAAGGGAAUGCGCCGAUGCCAGGGAUUUCGUAUGCAGAUCCUUCAACUUCAGACCGUACGCUGCACCCUACGGAGCUGAACGAGACAACUGCGAAUUGAGCGACAGAGAUUCGAGAGACAUGGAGAUGGGGGACCCCGUCUACUACGACAGAAGUUCUGACUACGAUUUUUAUGAAAGAAACAACGGGAGGCAGGGCGCGGACGACGAGUGUCUCGACGUGAGCCAAGUCUGCAGCGAAGAGGGUAUGGAGUUCACUCUGAGAACACCGGAAGGCUUUAUCGGGCGAAUUUACACCUACGGUUACUAUGAUCGUUGCUUUUUCCGCGGAAAUGGCGGUACGGUGAACGUUUUGAGAAUCAGCGGUGCUCAGGGAUACCCGGAGUGCGGAACGCAGAGGUACGGUGACACCAUGACGAACAUCGUUGUAGUCCAGUUCUCGGACUACGUCCAAACUGGAAGAGACAAACGUUUCAAUCUCACCUGUCUGUUCCGGGGACCCGGGGAGGCGGUCGUCACCUCCGGCUACAUCGGUGCCGGUUCCUCUCGCAGUGCGGGGUCCCCGAUACCGAUAGAGUAUCUUCCAGCGGAAAACACAUUGAGUUCGAGAGUCCGUCUGAUGAUAUUGUACCAGGGAAGACCUACGACGACCAUCGCCGUUGGUGAUCCACUGACCUUCAGACUCGAAGCUCAAGAUGGGUACAAUUACGUCACGGAUAUUUUCGCCACAAACGUCAUAGCGAGAGAUCCUUACUCCGGAAGAAGCGUUCAACUCAUCGACAGAUACGGGUGUCCAGUUGACAACUACGUCUUCCCUGGGCUGGACAGACUUCGAGAGGACAGUCUGGAGGCUCGUUUCAACGCUUUCAAAAUCCCAGAGUCAAAUUUCUUGGUGUUCGAAGCAACGGUUCGGACUUGCAGAGACGGUUGUCAGCCCGCUUACUGUUCCGGAGGAGCUGGGCGAAGCGAACCUUCGUUCGGUAGGAGGAGAAGAGACGUGGGUAAUGAGACCUUGUCGGAUGAGGAAGAUGAAUCCGAUUUCAACGCCACCACAACUACCACGUCCACCUCUACCACUCCCAACAACACUCGGGUGGACGAAGACGAGGAAAAUGAAGAGGAACAUGUCAGGGAGAUGAUCGAGGUUUUCGACUCUCGGAUGGACAUGGUGGAGGAAAAUAUUGUCGAAAAACAAACCAGGGUACUGGAAUCCGUAUGCAUAACACCGAACGAGUAUUACGGUCUCGUAGUAGCUGUUGUGGCGCUCGUCGUCCUUCUAGUUUCUGUCGUCCUACUCUCGAUGCUCAUUUACAGGAAAUACGCCUAUUCGAUAAUAGUGAAGAAUAGAAACGCUGACAAAUCUUCGCAUCGCAGCAGCAAUCCCGAAGACGCGUACAGCACAAGAGCGCAGAAUAAUUUUUCAUUUCUCAGAUCCGGACUUCAAAAGCCCUUCCAGUCGUCGUCGAUUUCCAGGUCUCUGAGUCACGUAAUUAAUCAGAGGUUCACGAAUUCCGGAGGCAUGGAAGGUGCUGUAGGAUUGGCCGGUUCGAGACGCGGCGGAUUCGAUCCGAGCGAACCGAUAUACACCGAUCCUUCGCUUUUCGAAAGCGCGCACUGCAGUACGGCGAACGAACCGAAAUCGGCAAGGAAUGAAAAUUUUCAUCUCAUGUAAAAAAUACGGGAGCUGAAAAUUCAGUGAUCGGUUAAAGGUAAAAUAGCAGUCACUCGAUAACAAGCCGAGCAAGUCUCGCGACGAGAUCGCGACUUGGGCGAGCAAGCGACGAAGAAUUAAAAUGCUAUGAUUCUUUGUAAUUCUGUUUUUUUUUUACACCGU